AUGCUGCAGAGUUUCUCUCAGUCGCAAGACUGGUUCUAUUCGGAGCCUCUCUUAUUUGAUGAUGAAUUCUGCCAGAGCUUGAUGAAGGACCUACAGUCGCUCCCCACGCCACCCCAGUCCCCUCCGCUGAAGGCUGGACUCAAUGCCAAACCACUUUCCAAGGAGGACCAGUUAAGCUACGUCUCUGACAUACUCCUGGAGGAUCAAGACCCGCAACUAAAUUGGAAUUUUGACAUGUUGUAUGAUGGCAGUGCAUCCACGACAAAGGACCAACAGCCAGAGGAGUCCGACGACUGUUUGUGGCAUUGCCUCAGUGAUAAAUCUAUGGAGGAGAAGCUAUCAUCUGUGCUCUCCAGCAGCCCGCUGCUCUCGGACAUAGACACAAGAAUUUUUGAGGAAAUUGCCGGCUCCACACUGGACUGCCACACCGCGGCGCUCGCGUGCCAAGCUUUGGAGAAUGAGGAUUUACUAUUGGACAGCCAGGACCGUCAGGAGCAAGGCAGCGAGUCGACCUCCGACUACGGCUCAGCAGGAGGCGAAUUCUCAACGUAUGGGAGCAGUGCUAGCGAUACUGGUGAGUUGGUCCUCCUUGGCUAAGCAGGGCUUGUAAACGAAAAGGUUACAAUAGCAUGUGUGAGUGAUUUUUAUUUAGUUAUUUGCUUUAAUGUUAAGAGGAACUGUUAGAAAGUGACUUUAGGCCAUUUGACUUAGGUAGUGACACAUCAUGCAGUUUACCUCCUCAUGCAUGCUUUUUAAACGCCUUAAUUUCUUAAGGGAAUUUACAUUAGGACCAAGUUUUUCUUGCACAGUUCAAUACUAUUUCUCAAGAGCUUCUGCAAAAAUGAACAACACAAGUUAGGCUAUUUGUUAUGCAAGCUUGCAAUACAAAAUCAUAAACAACAUAGAAGAAAAGUUGGCAACAUUGCCCAGAAAGUCGCAGUUAAAAAUGUGUUAGUCUAAAGCCAAGGCAUCUGAAAUGCAGUUGUUCAAAUGUUAUCGGAAUUGACUGCUAACCCAAUCUCUUGUGGAUUCCCUCUCCACAGAGGAGGAGAUAGACGUAGUGACAGUGAAGAGGACCGCCAGUCCCUCCUCCCAGUCGGCAGAGGAGAGCCGGCGGCAACGGCGCGCCAUCAAGCGACAACACCUGGAGAUCCAGCUGCAGCACAACUACGCUGCCCCCUGCCCUGCAUCGCCCCUCCGCCCAGAGCUCUCGUCCGCCUCCUCGGGCUCCCACCACAAGCGGUCCCGGGCCUCCGACUCACACCGACACCACCACCACGGCUCGUCGGGCCGCUCGUCCCGCCACCACCCCAGCAGUCACUACCAGUCCAGCUCCUCUAGGCAGUCACCGGACGUGGAGGACGAAGAGGAGAGGAGGCACACCCACAACGUGAUGGAGAGGCAGCGGCGCAACGAGCUGAAGAACUGCUUUCUGCGGCUCAGGGACAACGUGCCCGAGCUGUCCAAUAACGACAAGGCCUCCAAGGUGGUCAUCCUGAAGAAGGCACGCGACAGCAUCCGCAGCCUGGAGCUGGAGGGCCAGAGACUGAACGCCAAGCGAGACAAGCUCCGAGACGGGCAGGAGCAGCUCAAAGCUAAACUGGAGCAGCUCAGGAGGUAA